GGUCCCGCCCUCCUGUGACGUCAGUAGGAGCGCUUCUGUUGGUGAGGUUGCCAAGUACGGAUUCCGGUGAGAGCGCUCUGAGUUGGAGAGACAGAAGGACUGACGGACGCUGGACCUUACCGACGGACACAUUUCAGCAUUGUUUCUGACCGUAACAACAAGAAGAUGCCUCUUGGGGAUGACUGCCAUGCCUGGAAAAAGAAGACCACCGAUGUUAGGGAUCAGUACGACUUUAAGGAGGUCUUGGGAACGGGAGCUUUCUCUGAGGUGGUCCUAGCCGAGGAGAAGAGGACCAAGAGAUUGGUGGCCAUCAAGUGUAUCCCCAAGAAGGCGUUAGAGGGCAAAGAAAACAGCAUUGAGAAUGAGAUAGCAGUCCUGCACAAGAUCAAACACGCCAACAUUGUUUCUCUGGAAGAGAUAUUCGAAAGUAAAACACACCUCUACCUUAUCAUGCAACUGGUGUCCGGUGGGGAACUCUUUGAUCGUAUCAUAGAGAAAGGCUUCUACACAGAGAAAGACGCCAGUAAGCUCAUUCAGCAGAUCCUGGAUGCAGUCAAAUACCUCCAUGACAUGGGCAUCGUGCACCGAGACCUUAAGCCUGAGAACCUGCUCUACUACAGCAUGGACGAAGACUCCAAGAUCAUGAUCAGUGACUUCGGUCUGUCCAAAAUCGAGGGCACUGGCAGCGUGAUGUCGACAGCGUGUGGAACACCUGGAUAUGUCGCCCCUGAAGUGUUGGCCCAGAAACCCUACAGCAAAGCAGUGGACUGCUGGUCUAUUGGUGUCAUAGCCUAUAUUCUGUUGUGUGGUUACCCUCCAUUCUACGAUGAGAAUGAUGCCAAACUGUUUGAGCAGAUCCUGAAGGCAGAAUACGAGUUUGAUUCUCCAUACUGGGAUGAUAUUUCUGAUUCAGCUAAAGACUUCAUCGUCCACCUGAUGGAGAAAGACCCAAACAGACGCUACACCUGUGAUCAGGCUCUGCAGCACCCCUGGAUUGCGGGUGAUACUGCUCUGGAAAAGAACAUCCAUGAGUCUGUCAGUGCCCAGAUUAAGAAAAAUUUUGCUAAGAGCAAGUGGAAGCAAGCAUUCAACGCCACAGCAGUAGUUCGUCACAUGAGGCGUCUCCAACUGGGCACCGGUCAGGAUUCAGGUACAGAAUCAUGUUGUGAAGAAGGAUGCUCCGAGAGCCUUGAUGGAGCAGCUGAUCAUCUGUCUAACUGCUCCUACCACUGCCACCCGACCAGCAGGGUGUGAUCCCUGCACCCGCUCCACUUACCUGUGUAAUCAAUCCCAGCAACUUUCCAGUUUUAACCCCCUCAGUGGAACCGGGGGCACCAUCUCCCCCCUCAUAUGGUUAGGAAGACAGCGUCAUUCUAGCCUCUUGCCUGCAGGGGGAGCAAGCCUGUCCAGCCUGAGAGGGAAGACAUAAAGCGGAUUGCAAGGAGGAGAAGGAGACUUGAUGAUGAAGAAUAUGAAAAUUAUGAUUAUGAUUAUGAUGAUGAUGAUGAUGAUGAUGGCGCACCUGGAGUGGAUCUCUUUCACAGACUGAGUUGAUAGUUUGGGAUGGGUUGGUAUUGGGGGAGAGGCUGCAAAGGAAGGAGGGGAAGGUAACCUCCUCCACCGGCAUGUCAGGGGAUUGUUUUUGCAGCAGGUCAGAGCUUGUUGGACUCAUGAUUGUUCAACCUGUCUCUUCGUUUGGUUUAUUGUUUUACAUAUUUCUGUGCUGUCUUUUUAACCUCUCACUGAUUUUUAAAGCAUAAAUCCAGAAACAAUAGCUGCAUGAUGAGGAGAGAGAUUCCCCCGGUCAUGUCUUGUUAUCUUUCAGCAAUGCAGUAUGACGCAAACAGGGAGUGUUGUGUACAAAUUUCAAGAGGAAAAGCAGAGAGCAUUUUUAUAUGUUGCACAUUGAAAUUAAAGUAAGUGAAAUCCUGUAUUUUAACAGAGCUGAAAUCUGUCUUAAAGUCCUACUUCUAGACAAUCAGUUACUGAAUAGUUUAUGCAAUGAGAAGUCCAUUAAUGUAGCCUUUUAUUGUGAAGAUCUGGUGUUUCCAUGCAGUGGCUAGGCAUUUCUCUUUUUUAUUCUUUAACCACUCAAGCACAGGGAUAUAUCUUUGUCUAAGGUGCCUUUAGGAUAUAUUGUGAUGGGGUUUUUUUUUUGGUUUUCUUUGGAAAUAUUUCAUCCCUUUCAGCAGCAUGGAGUCUAGCUGUAAUGCCAUGUUUUGUAUGUUUUACAUUUUCAACAAUAAGAUGCAUUUCUUAUACUCUUUGUGUUAAACUUCAGUUUUGUUAACUUUGAAGGGAGGCCUGUGUGCAUUAAGUACACUGUGCCCAUAUGGUCAAGUGUUUUUUAUUAUUAUUAUCUAUGAAUCAAAAUGAUGUCAAAUAAAAUCAUUUCACAGUAUAAAAUGGUAGCAACAAAAGGUUUCCAUAUUUUACCUGGAGCCUCUUUGAUUUGAAAGAAAUACUCAAUUUCCCUCAUCACAGGUUAAAAAUGCAGGUUCAUGUAUUUCUAUAUAAAUGCUUCAGUAUAUUUAUAGAAAAGCUUCUAUUUGCCAACCUAGAUCAGAACCAUUCAAAAGCCAAUUUAACAGGAGCUAAAAGGUUGCAUUAAAAGGGAAAAGAGCAUUUAAAAUGAAUAUGGAUCUGUCACCAUGUAAUGUAAUCAUGCUGUCAUUUCAAUCCUAUUUUUUGUCAUUGUUUUAAAGGGACUUGUCCUAAAUGUGCAGCCUAUUUAGAAAAUAAUAAUUAAAGAAUGUCAAUAUGCAUCAGAUUGACUCACUCCAUCUGUACUGUACAUCCAUUUGUGCUUAUUAUGUUUAUGUGAGCAUGAAGAGAAACUACUCUAUUUUCAUUUAACUAGCUAUUCAAAGUAGAUUCACAAGCACACUGGUGUUAUUUCUCUUUCAUUGUUUCUUGGGAAGAACCUUGCGCUGUAAAUUCUUCAGAGGAAAAGUGUGAGAUGCAGAGGAGCUUUAAUGCACAUUGUUUUAAAUCAUUGUACUUUACCCUUGCCUGAUGAGUCAGGAAGUGAGGGAAGGUCCCAGGUGGUUUUCAGUAAAAGUGAUGUGGAGAUCUUCCGCUGACAGGACCUUCAUCCACCAUUUAAUCCCUGCAUCCUAUCCUGCAGUGUCUUUUUGAACUCUCUUUCAGUCAGACAUUUGGUAUUGAUAAUGCUUGCAUGAUGUGGCUUGAAAUGUGUUAUCCCCAUGACCGAUAAUGAAUAAUGUGUACACAGCUUGUGGUGAUGUAACAGUUGCAGAGAGAGAUUAGUGCUGGUACGAGGAGAGUUUUACUCCGCAAGAACUCAAAAUUGUUUUAAAAAGUUUGUCAAGGAGACAAAUGAGGUGCAACAAAGGCUGUUAUAACAGUUAACAGGUUACAGAGGGUUGCUGCUGUAAACUAUAUCCCGGCUUUAAUCUGCAUUUCUAUUGGGUGGAUGUUGUGUAUUUGGGAAGUGCUGUAACUGGUGGUUUCAAACUGUAAAGCACGGUGAAAAGAUGAUUAUUUUUCUGGGUGUUCGUUGUAAACUGUGUGUACCUGAUGAAUCCAUGUGUGAGAUGAAGGCUUAAAUGAGAGCAGGAAAGCAGAGGCGUUUAGGAUACAGUCUUAUUAAUAUUGGCUGAUUGGCAAUAUCACAUUUAUCUACUCUAAGGGGAAAAAAUCUGCUCAUUUGAAACAUUGCCACAAACUUCGUCAGACUGAUUAAGCCUCUGUACCUUUACCUACUGAUGAUGAUUCAUUUCAUUGUUUAAAUAAACAGAGACUUUUAAAUUGUUAAGCUCCUUCUUUCAGCACACUCAGCCCUAAAAAAAAAAACCACAAGAAACCCUACAAGAUGUAUAUUUCACUAAAACAAAAUAAAGAUAUAUUUCAGGUGGUUUGUACAAUGGAUCAUAAUGAAUAGUUUGUUGAAACCGAGCACCAAGAUGAGGCAAUGACCCUGGAAAUAAUCCAAGUGCAAUGAAACAAGUGAUGAAAUACGUAACCACAUAGCAGUAUCACAUUACCUCACCACUCAACCGCCUGGUUAGGAAAACAUCAAGAAAAUUACAACAAGCAGAGUUAAUGAAAGAAAUGAUACUGAGCUUGCCUGAGCAGGAUGUUUGGAUGAAUUCUUACAGAUUUGCAUUUUCAUUCAUGGAUUGUCCCGUACAUCCGCCCACAGAAAGAGAAGAUCCGUGUGAAGGUUCCUGCUUUAAAUGCUCAUUAACCCCUUAUUGAAGAUUUGUAGUGUGAGAUGAUAUUUGUUGUACAAAUACAAUGUAGAAUAAAUGUGUUGCCUUUUGAUAAAUGCUUUUGGGCUACAUCAGUACACAGAUGCAAUGCAUCAUGGGGUUGUUGGAAAGUGACUCAGUGUGAAAGUCAGUGACCUGUGCUUGUAACAGAUUUGUAAGUGAAACAUAGCCUAUAUUAAAAUCCUUGUCUAUGCACUA